GAAGUUCUCAAGCUUCUCAGGGAGGGCAAACUUCUUCUCCCCAUGGGGCGGCGUCUCCAUGGGCCUCGACCCGACGACCUGGUCAAACUACGUUGCAGAGAAGAAUAGGUUGGGCAAUUAGUUCCGGCCGGGGAAGCCAAAUAAAUGUCAGAAUGGCGGGGUGACCGUGAAGCCCCUGGAGCAGACACACUUCCCCAGAUAUAUAAUUCUCACCAGUCGCCCACUUGAAAACCCGGGCUUCUAGAUCGACUCUCCAUCCUCACCUCGACUCUUCCGGUCUCGAUCCAGGUUUCUUCUGCUUCAUUGCUAAAAAGCUACCUCUUUCUUUCCAUUCCCUCUCUCAGCAUGGAGUCCGAGAAAGCUCCCCACAACGCCACAAAGUCGGUCGUCAGCAGUGACCAUCUUGAGAAGGUGGCUGUCGUGGACCAGGUUGACGAAGAUGUGACCCCUUCCAAGGUCCCCGUCUCUCAAGACCUCACACCCAAAGAGCAGUACCAGAAGCUAUGGGCCAAUCUCAAGAAAGAUAAGCAUUUUGUCUUCUGGGCUCUAUAUGUCAUGUCCCUUGUCUUUGGAUGGGGAUACGAUGCUGGACUGUCCGGUGUUGCCAUUGCGUUCCCCGAGUUCAGGAAGGUGUACGGAGAGUACUACUCCGUUGGAGAUCAAUAUGUGAUCCCGGCUCUCUGGCAGUCUCUCUGGAACGCAGCCAGCACAAUCGGACAGGUCUUCGGAGCUUUCCUCACGGGCCAGUUUGCCGAUUAUACGGGUCGACGAGCCAUACUCUGGCUCGCCGUUGCGCUGUCGCUCUCUUCAUCCUUCGCCCUCGUCUUCGCCCCCAACCUCCCAGUGCUCUUCGUCUCCAAGCUGCUGCUGGGGCUCUCGAUCGGAUUCUCCACCGCGACUCCCCCCCUCUACGUCACCGAGAACGCACCGGCGGCCCUUCGGAGCUCGGCCAGCUCGUUGACCAACGUCAUCAUCGUCCUCGGCUUCUUCCUCUCCUCGCUCACCGGAUACGGGGCGUCGCACAUCUCCGGGCAGUGGAGCUACAGACUCGCGUUCGUCAUGACAUUCGUCGUGCCCGGCUUGUUUGCCAUUGGUCUCCCCUUCCUCCCUGAAUCGCCGGUCUGGUACAUCAAGAAGGGCAGAGAGGAAGAUGCUCGCAAGGCAAUCAUCCGGCUGUUCGGCAAGGACACCGAUGUGGAGGAAAGGCUGGCCUUCAUCAGGUCCGAACUAGAGGUCGUGGCCGGAGAGGCCAGCAUGGCGAGCCAGACGAGUUGGAGGGCCAUCUUCUCCAAGGAACAUCGUUCGCGGACCCUGGUUGCUGUCCUUGGCCUGCAGUCUCAGAACUUCUCUGGCGGUUAUUUCGCAAACACUUACCAAACUUACUACUUCGAACUCAUCGGUCAGACAAAUCCCUUUGGUCUCACAGCCAUCUCCUCGACGCUUCAAUUCUUCUCCAACUGCUUCGCCGUAACUCUCUCGGACGUCCUGCCCCGGCGAAAGGCCCUCAUCGGCGGCGGCUCUCUGCUCUGUGCCUGGUCGGUGAUCAUCGCCGGCACCUCGAUGGCCAGCACGUCCAACCGGGCGGCCAACACGGCGCUGCUCGCCUUCAUGAUCACCUGGUCGAUGCUCUACACCGGCACGGUGGGCUGCUUUGGGUGGGCCAUCGCCCAGGAGACGGCCUCGCAGACGACGCGGCCCAAGACCAUCGCCUUCACGCUCAUGUGCCAGCAGCUGACGGCGCUCAUGCUGUCGUCCGUGUUCCCCUUCUUCAUCAACCCGGACCAGCUGAACUGGGGGGGCAAGGUCAUGUUCCUGUUCGUCGCUGCCGAGGUGGUCAUCUUGCUCCUGCUCUUCUUCGUCCAGCCCGAGACCAAGAACAGGACGUACAACGAUAUCGAUACGCUGUACGCCAACCGCAUCCCGCCAAGGAAGUUCAACCGCUAUGUCGUCGAUAAUGGGGUGGUGAUCAAGAAGCAGGCGUGAGGGAUGUCCCUAGGAAUCCCGUGGCCGUAUAUAAGGGGCGCUAGCUAGCUCGUUCCAAUGCACUCUCAACUUGCUGUAAUUGAC